AUGUGGGUGGUUGAACCAAACUCUCCCACCUGCCUCUCUGCUGCCUUGCCUGCCAGGAGACACUCCCAGGAAUCCAGCACCUUGGAGUCGCCACUGAUGCAUGAAGUUUCAGAUCCGCAGCAGGGCAGAGGCCACCGCAGCUCGGGAAGCAGCCUGGGUGGCUCGAUCACCGCGUGCAAGAAGGUCCUUCGCAGCAAUAGCUUGCUUGAGUCAACAGACUACUGGCUGCAGAAUCAGAGGACCCCCUGCCAAAUUGGUUUUGUAGAAGACAAGUCGGAAAACUGUGCUUCUGUCUGCUUUGUGAACCUGGAUGUGAACAAGGAUGAAAGCAGCACGGAGCACCUGCAGCAGAAAUUGGUCAACGUUUCACCAGAUCUUCCAAAACUUAUCAACUCCAUGAAUGUCCAACAGCCAAAAGAAAAUGAAAUUGUCCUCCUAAGUGGAUUAGCAUCGGGUAAUCUCCAAGAAGAUUUUGAAGUUUCACAGUGCCCUUGGCUGCCAGAUAUCUGCUUGGUCCAAUGUGCAAGAGGUAGCAGGCCAAAUAGUACCAAUUGCAUCAUUUUUGAAAUCAACAAAUUUCUGAUUGGUCUGGAACUGGUGCAGGAGCGGCAGCUCCACCUGGAAACAAACAUCUUGAAACUGGAGGAUGACACAAACUGUUCCUUGUCCUCAAUCGAGGAAGACUUUCUCACCGCAUCUGAGCACUUGGAAGAGGAAAGCGAGGCAGAAGAAUCCAGGAAUGGUUAUGAAAAUAUAAACAUCUCAGCCAAUGUUUUGGAGAGUAAAAAGUCAAAGGAGUCUGCCCAGGAGGAAUGGAAUUACAAGGCGACAUUGCUUCAUACUUUGGAAGACAAAUACAUUGGCAAAUACCAUACACCGUGGAUUAAAACAGAAAGAUCUCUUGAAAACCCAGCAGAGAACUCAGCCUUGCAGAGUCUAGACUCCUUGGCAAAGCCUUUGCAGGGGAAAGGUGAAGCUGUGGGUAAUGAGAGACAAGCCACAUCUUAUUAUUCAGAAAAUUUUAAAGGUCAAGUGGAAAAAUCACAGGCACUGCAUAUUCCAAGUGAUGCUUAUUUCUCCAUGAUGGUUAAAGAUGUACCUUCUGCAUCUGACAAUGCCGCUGAGCAGAGCAGUGACCUGCAGCCAGGAGACCAGGAAGAUGCAAGGAACGCUCUUCCUUCUGUGCAAGACGGAGAAGUCACUACCGGCGAGUAUGCUACUAAUUUAGCAGAAUCCGUGCUGCAAGACGCAUUCAUUAGGUUAUCUCAGUCUCAGCCUACGCUGCCUCAGGAACCUGCGAUCUGUGUGUCUGGAGGAAGUGCUCUGCUUCCCAGUUGCUGUUCCACAAAAGAUGCUGUGGUCUCUCGGUCAUGGAAUGAGCUCCCCAAAAUUGUCAUUGUUCAGAGUCCUGAUGGCAGUGACACCGUGCUGGACCCAGGCAUCUCUUCCUGGCCUGAGCCAGAAGUCCCUGUAGAAACCUCAGAGAACUCCAGCAGACACCCCCAGAGUGCUCUAGAAGUAGCGUUAGCUUGUGCAGCCACUGUGAUUGGAACCAUUUCUAGUCCUCAGGCCACAGAAAGACUCAAAAUGGAGCAAGAGGCCCUGGUAUCAAACCUUCCACUGGGUGGCAGUGCAGCACUGCAAACUCAGGCAUCGCACCGAGCCAAGGAUCCUCCCAUCAGCGAUUAUUCCUUUCCUUCUGCUUUGUGUGGCAUGACUCAGGUGGCCAGUGCCAUUGCUGUCUGCGGCCUGAGUGAAAGAGAAGAGGUGACAUGCCCUGUGGCUCCAACUGGCUUCUUACCUGCAGCUGAAGCUUCUGAAGCAACCCCACCACUUCAUAGUUUAACAACAGGGAGCGGCGUGGAGCUGGGGAAGGAAGCCAUUGUGGAGGGGCUACUCAAGGAGGCUGCUCGGGUUUUGACAAGGCCUAACACCUGCGGCAGCAUCGGGGACUUCAUUCAAUCCAUGAACAGGAGAAUCAUAGAAACUGCUUCAAAGCCUCAGACCCUAUGCUCAGAAAAUGUCCUCAGGAGUGAACUGGCACAUACUCUGUCCAACAUCAUCCUGAAGCAUUCCAUUGAUGAAGUUCACCAGAAAAACAAGACCAUCGACCCCUCCGACGGCAGGCAUUCGGCAGAAGUUCUGGACACCCUAAUGGAAAGUACAAAUCAGCUGCUCUUCAAUGUGAUAUGCUUCACGUUCAAGAAGAUGAGCCACAUUGUGCAACUUGGGGAACGCCCCACGGUCCUCUCCAAGGAGACAGAGGGAGGUGUCCGGCCACCUGCUCAGGCUGCUGGGCAAACACAGACAAAAGCCACUGAAUGCUCCAGCUGCUGUCCACUCAGCAGUGCGCACAGCACCAGCCUGGUCACUGACGAUCUUGGGGACCACAUGCAUCCAAAGCAAGACCACAAAGGCGGCUUGAGGCCGGGUUUCUUCAAAAACCUCACGCUGCAGUCUGAAUGUAGCCACAGGCAGCCCAACUCUUCGGCUGCUAAAACAGCCCCCAAGGAAAUUUAUCUGAAGAGAACAGUGACAGAGAAUACAGAAAGCUCUCAUCAGACACCCAGGCAUGGGGAGAAGGAACGGAGAGCCUCUUUCCAAGCAGAAAGGUCACUGGCAGUGGGCCAGUGCCGACGCCGAUCCCAGGAUGCCGAGGACGCAGUCAGCCCAGACACCCAGGAAAAGUAUCAUUGUGCCACCCUGGUAAACAACGAAGCUCGCGUUCACCUGUCCUCGUUAGGGGAUGACCUGCUGCUUCCUGCUCAAUCCACGCCUCCAGCGAAGCCUGGAGACGUGUACUGCAUCGCAGACUUCGCGGAAGAGUUAGCGGAGACCGUGGUCUCCAUGGCAACCGAAAUCGCAGCGAUCUGCUUGGAGAACUCCAGUGGAAAACAACCUUGGUUUUGCGCGUGGAAAAGGUGGCAAGCCCAGAGCUACCCCCGGAGUCGGUUCCUGGGCAGUGGCGACAGGUGGAGCCGGCUGAAGGCGUCCAGCUGCGAAAGCAUCCCCGAGGAGGACUUGGAGGCCAGGGCCUACAUCAGCAGCCUGGGGCUCACGAGCACCUUAAGCCAACCAGUCAGCAGGGCCAGCUCUGUCUCCAAACAGUCCAGCUGCGAGAGCAUCACGGAUGAGUUUUCCAGGUUCAUGGUGAACCAGAUGGAAAGCGAAGGGAGAGGAUUUGAGUUGCUGCUGGAUUACUACGCCGGCAAGAACGCCAGCAGCAUUCUGAGCUCGGCCAUACAACAGGCAUGCCGGAAAAGCGACCACCUGGACGUGAGGCCGAGCUGUCCCUCUAAGCAGUCCAGCACAGAGAGCAUCACCGAGGAAUUCUAUAGGUACAUGCUGAGGGACAUGGAGAGGGACGGCAGAGACAGCACCUCCUCCAGACGCAGCAGCCAGGACUGGACGGCGGGCUUACUGUCUCCCUCUCUGCGAUCCCCACUGUGUUACAGACAGUCGUCCGUGCCAGACAGCAGGUCCUCCUGUGCCGGGUUAACAGUCAGUGCACCCAUCAAAGCCAACUCCUUAGACGGCUUUGCUCAGAGCUGCCCGCAAGAUUUCCUCAACGUACAGCAGGUCAGUGGCGCCUCCUCGUCAGGUCUCUGCAAAUCAGACUCUUGCUUGUAUCGGAGAGGUGGGACUGAUCACAUCACUAACAUGUUAAUUCACGAAACGUGGGCAAGCUCAAUUAAGGCCCUCAUGCGCAAGAACAAAAUCAUCGUGGAUGACUCGGCGCCAGCUGCUGCUGAGCCUACUUCGGGCACCUUUCAAGGGCAGAGGUGUGCAAAUCAAUCAGCUGCCGGCAGGGUGUGCAGCGGGCCAGCCCUGCGGGUUCAGGAGUCUGGGGGUUACCCGAGGAAAGACUCUGCUACUGAAAGCAAACAUCUCUCAGUGUCAUCUCCAAGCCAAGCCGCUCCUCUUACAAGCCACGACAGUUUGGACUGCAGAAAGGAAGCUUCCUCGUGCUGCGAUGCUGUCCCUCCGAACCACACUAGACAAUCACUUUGCUCAAGGGAAGUGCCUUUGAUUCAGAUUGAAACAGAUCAGAGAGAAGCCUGUGCUGGGGAAACUGAACACUUCCUUUCCAAAAGCAGCCCCCUGAAGGAAGCAGAAGAUCGUGUGAAUGAAGAAAAAGUCCCAGAUACUGUGAGAGGUGAAGAUGCCGCUGUGAGCACCUGUGGAAACCAUGGUGACAGCCUUGAUGCCAGAGAUAUACCAGAGGCUGAAGUAUCUCCAAAUGCCAGAGCCCCAGAUGGGUUCCCCAACCCUCCCAGCAGCAGCGAAGAGAGCACAGGCAGCUGGUCCCAGCUGGCCAACGAGGAUGACAACCCAGAUGAUACAAGCAGCUUUCUGCAGCUCAGUGAGCGAUCCCUGAGCAAUGGCAACAGUAGUGCCACUAGCAGUCUUGGCAUUAUGGACCUGGACAUUUAUCAGGAAAGCAUGCCAUCUUCUCCCAUGAUUAAUGAAUUAGUAGAAGAAAAGGAGAUUCUUAAAGGACAGUCAGAAAACAUAGAGGAACGUGCCUCUGAACUGCCAGUGGGACCAGCCAGCCACCAGAGGAAUCUGCUGGUGAUCAACUUUGACCUGGAGCCUGAGUGUCCUGAUGCUGAGCUUCGAGCCACUCUGCAGUGGAUCGCUGCCUCCGAACUUGGAAUUCCCACCAUCUACUUUAAGAAAUCUCAGGAAAACAGAAUUGAAAAGUUUCUAGACGUUGUGCGGCUGGUUCAUCAGAAGUCCUGGAAGGUGGGGGAUAUCUUUCACGCAGUUGUCCAGUACUGCAAAAUGCAUGAGGAACAGAAGGAUGGGCACCUGAGUCUCUUUGACUGGCUCUUGGAACUGGGAUAA